AUGUUGCUCCACUUCAUGACACGAGCGGACAGCUCGUGUUCCGACGCCGUGGAGAUCGCUGACCAGUACUGGAAACUGACCGCUCAAGAUGUGGCUGUCAGCGGAGAGGAUUUCGAGCCAUUCAUCUGCAUCUCUUAUUCUUGGGGUUCGGCGAAAGAAGCAAGCCCUUUCCGAAACAAGCUGAAAAUCUCGACGCGCACGAUACCCGCAUUAACGGUGGUCUCGAAGCUGCGCCCGUCGUGCAAGAACUUCUGGAUCGAUGCAUUCUGCGUGCCUCAAGAAUCUCCUCAGCGGCAGUACGUCCUCGAGAGCAUGGGAUUGAUCUAUGCCACUGCUGCAGAAGUGAUCACCGUUCUUUCAACACAGACGAAACCAGCCUUGGAAUGCACUGCUACGCAAGAUCAUAUCUGCUUUCAGUACUUGGACGCUUUGGAGGAGGAUGCUUGGGUUUCAAGGGCAUGGACCUAUCAAGAAGCAGCGAAUGCAAAGCUCCUGUCAUUCACCUAUGAAGGCGCUACAGAUCUGGUGAUUGGUGCGAUGGACUUUCUAAACGCCAUAGGAUACACCAAGACGCUGCUUGCGGACAGCGAGGCGUACAUUGACUUAGUACGGCCCUAUCCGCGACUGUCCUUGCUGGAGGAUUUGUUGGCCGAAUACUGCAUGGGCGGGCACCAAAAUCAUUCGGCACUGGCGAUCAUGUCGAACAUGGAGCAGCGGACCCAAGAGAGACCAGAGGACCACUUCUACGCCAUGAUCGGAGUCAUCAGCGAUUCCCAGGCGAGCUCUUACGGGAUCGAAAAUCCGUGCGAACUUUUCAUGACGCUGUGUGAACGCAAAGGGGACUAUUCGUUCAUAUAUAGCGUAUCUAAACGCGAGAGCGUGCCUUCGAAGCGAUGGCGACCUGUUCCCGACAACCUGCGAGCCAUCAUGACCAAUCACUCCUGGGGGAAACAACAGUCCGCACACAAGGAAGGCGAAGAAUUGUAUCUUGAUCACAUGAUGGUGCCAAGAUUAACGUCUUCUCCAAGUGAAGAUGUAGAGUUUAUCAAGUGCGCUCGGAGCAUUAUGCACAGAAGCGACGCCAUGGAGCCGUUGACUCCCCUGCACCAAAAAGUUUUUCGAGGUCUCGAGACGAUGGGCUUCAGCGGGAGUUCGGAUCCUAUCCACGCGGAAAAAGGGGUCUUCUUUCCAGCUCAAGAUGUUUCCUACGCCACCAUUAUCACCUUGAUGGUCUCGACAGAGGUUCUCUGGUCCUUCGGUGCUCCGGGUCUCGUGCAUCACAAAGUCGACGACACUGAUGCAUACACCGCCGGAGUAUACGUUGGUGUCGUUGACAAAGAGAGUACAUCUUCAAUCAAGAUGAAUUGA